AUGGCUCAUCAUACUGAGAUUGUGCCAAUAGAUCAACUUUCUCUAAGAGAAGCUACAAAAGAUGAGAUAGACAAGGGGAGGAAAGUGGAUCAUUUGAUCGAGAUUAAGGAAACAAAAGGUCAAGAUCAAUUAGUGUUACAAACUAUGAAAUCCGCAAAUCAAAUCUUUGAUGAAAAAUUUAAGUAUUUGGACAAUACAUGUAUCAAAUCCGCGACGAUAUUUAGAGUAAAUAUGGGAUUACGAAAAUCAAAUCCAAAUGCUUAUACACCAAUGUUGAUCUCCAUUGGUCCUUACCAUAAAAGGAAUCAUGAACUUAGUUCGAUGGAGAAGUACAAAUUGUUGUACCUACAACGAUUUCUCCAACGAAAAGAGGGGCUUGAUGUUGAAAGUUGCAUUAGUGCAUUGGAGAAAAAGAAAGAUGAAGCACUAAAAUGUUAUGAUGAUAACCUUGACAAUGAUAUUGUUGACAAGUUUUCAGAAAUGUUGUUGCUUGAUGGUUGUUUUGUGGUUGAAUUUAUUCGAGAGUACUAUGCAACUGAGGAAAAAGAAGAAGAAGAAGAAGAAGACAACGACAACAUCAUCAACUUGGAAUGGAUGAAGAAACAAGUAUGUCGAGACAUGGUGUUACUAGAAAAUCAACUCCCUUUCUUUGUACUUACCAUGCUUCAUAACAUGACAAAGCAUCAUAAAGAAGUGAGCUUCUUGUAUAUGGUGAGAAAAACCUUACUUGAUACUUUCCCAAAGGCGAAAUUCAUACCCCCAUCAGAAAUUCACAAUUUUAAUACAGAACGAUUCAAUCAUUUAGUUCAUGUAAUACACAUGUUUUGUCGACCAUCAGAUCAUCAUGAUGGUAUGAAAGAUAAACAAAACAAAAAUGCUAGCACACCAAAAGAAUGUUGCAAGAUAACAUUUUGUGACAACGUUUUGCAAUUAACCAAGUCAAAAGAAACUCCCAAAGUCCUUGGUUUAUGGGAUUGCUAUCAUAUUCCAAGUGUAACAGAGCUUUACGAUGCUGGAGUUAGAUUCAUAAGAAUAGGAUAUGUGCAAGAAAAUAAGGAGGAUAAAACAACAUUAUUCGAUAUCAAGUUUGAGAAGGGAAUUAUGAAAAUUCCUUGUUUUGCAAUCGAGGAUACUAUGGAAACCUUCAUGAGAAAUUUGAUAGCUUAUGAGCAACAUUCCUCUAAAGUAGAUGUAUAUCCUUUUUUUUCAAACUACGCACAUAUAAUGACUCAACUUAUUGGCUCACAUAGAGAUGUGCAGUUUCUUCGCAAAGAGAAAAUCAUCCUUAAGGACAUAGGGGAUGACAAACAAGUGGCCAGCAUUUUCAAGAAACUUUCAGAUGGGGUGGAAAUCACAAGCUUUUAUUACAUAAAAGAAUGCAGCAAAUUGAUUCAACAUUGUGAUAAGCCAUGGAGUCAAAUGAAGGCUAGUUUAAGGCACAACUAUUUCUCGAGUCCUUGGGUAGGAGCUUCAACUGUGGCAGCUAUAACACUUCUUGUACUCACUGUUAUACAGACUGUUCUGGCUUUUACUGGUGACGUUAUGAAGUAA